AUGAUAAAUAAGAGCAAUGGAGGCCGAUCUCAAGAUGUCUUUCACACCUCUUCCCUUUCGCCAACUUUGAACGCUUCCUCAUCCCAUAUCCGAUUACUAUUGCUUCCAGGUGCCAUGAUGAAAGAUUCUACUUUUAACGGCUUCGAGCUCACGUCGGCCGAUUAUACAUUCCCGAUGUUUUAUUCUGCAGGCUCGCUUUCUCUACGGCUUGAAGCCCCCGAGACAGGUGUUGCUGUUCUACAGGGUGGCAUCGAAAGACUGAUUUCGCAUCAUCCUUUCCUAGCAGGGGUUGUCCUCCCGUCAGUGGAAAAUCCAGGGACCUUCCGAGUCGCCCGCGCCAGUGAAAAUUUACCCCCGGUCGUCCCCAUGUGCACUGUGAAGCUGCUCCCACACCUGCAAAUCCCUUCAUCCAAGAUCGCCGCGGCCCGUAAAGACGAGGCCGCCUACGACCGUGAUCAUCUUUUGACAGUAGUACCGGUCCAUGUCGCUGAGUCUUCUGCCGAGCCACCCGUGAUACGCUUCCAGAUCAACAUUUUGGGGAAUGGUCUCAUACUGGGUAUAUUUUUCAACCACACGGUGAUCGAUGGCACAGGAUUCGGUGUACUGAUUCAAUCACUCGCCAUUUGCUGCCGGGAGUACAACACGCCUGGUGCUUUUACCCAGCUCCCAAGCGAUCCGAGCUACGAGCAAUCUUCAAGGGCAAUCCUUGCAACGAUCGGCCAGGAUAUUCAAGCGACCAAACCCAAAUGCGCUCACCCUGAGCCCACAAUGCCGAUUGAAGAGAAAACAACCAACAAUGAAGCAACACAUGAUAUGUCUCUGCUUGAUUACGACUUCCAUCUGUCGGCGGCAAAGAUUGAGCAGAUCUUAGAGUGGACUCGAGGCCAGACGGCAAACGGACGUCCAGUGCCCCAUGUCUCUGCCGAUGAUAUAGUCACCGCCGUACUCUGGCAGUCUCUCGGUCAAUUCCGCGGUCACACAUUUGAAGGGAGCCCUAUAUGUGUUCUACAACGGGUGCUGAACGCUCGUCGCCGCAUCCAGCCGCCGCUGUCUACCAAUUAUCUCGGAAAUUGCUUCAUCUUCCUGGAUUAUCCGAAACCUAAGAGCGAAUUGAGACAUCCUGAGGGAACAGGUGAAUUUUCUGAGCAGAGCUUUAUCAGGCAAAUCGGCUCCAUCGCCUGCUUCCUUAGGUCGGAUCUCAAUACCAUCGACGAUCAAUUUGCAAGGAAAUACUUCUCAAAAUAUAUGACUUCGGGUGGUUGGCCUGGUACAUCAGCUCACACUGCGGACGUUGUGGUGUCAAGUGUCCGCCGGUUGCCAAUCCACGAGCAGAGUUUUGGUGACGUGUUAGGGCAAGUGGCAGACUUCGAGAUCCUUCCGUAUAUGAACCCUGAGGGUGUUUGUACGAUCAAGCCAUGUCGUGAUUCUAAUAUUUGGGAAGUUCUCGUGACUUUGGAGAGAGAGGAAAUGAGCUUACUUAGAAGUGAUCCAAUGUUUGGUUGGUUGGUUGAGAAAGAAGCUCCCACUUGUAUCUUUGAGCCUGCGCCUUAG